AUGGCACCUCCUAAAGCCCAAAGAGCAUCGGAUUUCUUCCGACAAGGAAGGAGAGACCGGCAGCGAUCCGAACAAGAUGGCGGCUCCCACUCACCUACACACAACUCUGAUGCGGGUUCCGACAAUGAUUCGAGGCAAACCUCCACAGGUGACACCUCGGUGUCGGAAAAGAGACUGGCGUCUAUGCUCCAAGAGCUGAGCACAUCUAUGAGAACCGACUUUCAAACCGCGGUCUCAGACAUGCGCAAAGACCUACUCAAGCCCCCCCCCCUCAGCCCCCUCCCCCCCCCCCCUCAGCCCCCUUCCCCCCCCCCUCAGCCCCCUUCCCAGCCCCCUUCCCCCCCCCCUCAGCCCCCUCCCCCCCCCCCCCUCAGCCCCCUUCCCCCCCCCCCCUCAGCCCCCUUCCCCCCCCAGCCCCCUUCCCCCCCCCCUCAGCCCCCUCCCCCCCCCCCUCAGCCCCCUUCCCCCCCCAGCCCCCUUCCCCCCCCCCUCAGCCCCCUUCUUCCCCCCCCACCCCCUCCCCCCCCCUCCUCAGCCCCCUUCCCCCCCCCUCAGCCCCCUCCCCCCCCCUCCUCAGCCCCCUUCCCCCCCCCUCAGCCCCCUCCCCCCCCUCCUCAGCCCCCUCCCCCCCCUCCUCAGCCCCCUCCCCCUCCUCAGCCCCCUCCCCCCCCUCCUCAGCCCCCUUCCCCCCCUCCUCAGCCCCCUCCCCCCCCUCCUCAGCCCCCUCCCCCCCCCCCUCCGCCCCCUCCCCCCCCCUCCGCCCCCUCCCCCCCUCAGCCCCCUUCCCCCCCCUCCGCCCCCUCCCCCCCCCCUCCGCCCCCUCCCCCCCCCCCCUCAGCCCCCUUCCCCCCCCAGCCCCCUUCCCCCCCCCCUCAGCCCCCUCCCCCCCCCCCUCAGCCCCCUUCCCCCCCACCCCCUCCCCCCCCUCCUCAGCCCCCUCCCCCCCCCUCAGCCCCCUUCCCCCCCCUCAGCCCCCUUCCCCCCCCUCAGCCCCCUUCACCCCUCAGCCCCCUCCCCCCCCCUCAGCCCCCUCCCCCCCCCCCUCAGCCCCCUUCCCCCCCCCCCUCACCCCCUCCCCCCCCCCCCUCAGCCCCCUUCCCCCCCCCUCAGCCCCCUUCCCAGCCCCCUUCCCCCCCCCCCUCAGCCCCCUCCCCCCCCCCUCAGCCCCCUUCCCAGCCCCCUUCCCCCCCCCCCUCAGCCCCCUCCCCCCCCCCUCAGCCCCCUUCCCAGCCCCCUUCCCCCCCCCCCUCAGCCCCCUCCCCCCCCCCUCAGCCCCCUUCCCCCCCCAGCCCCCUUCCCCCCCCCCUCAGCCCCCUUCUUUGUGGCAUGGUGCUGAAAGAAGCCACUGCCAUCAAGGAACAUCACCAUUACGAAGGGGUGUUUGUGAUCUGCAAUAAUCUUUAG